AUGUCGGGUGCACUUGUUCUCCAGGUGGCUCCAUCUGAAGAGACCCUGAAGGUCAGCGUGUGGCCUCCGGGGUCAAAGGUCUUCCUCGGUGAGAGCGUGUUGCUGCUCUGCACCGUGGAGUCCGGCUCCGGGUUCCAGUGGAGCUUCAACUGGUCUGAGCCCGCCGCGAACCCGGACCCCCGGCACCGGGUCUCGGGCGACAGCUACUUCAUCGCCGCGGUAACGAGGGAGGACGCGGGCGCGUACCGGUGCCGCGCCGACGGGCGGAGGAGUGGCGCCCCCUCCGUGGCGCUCCUCGCCCCGCCGGCCGUGCUCAGCGUGUCGGGGCGCCCCCCCCCCUCCCUCCUGACUCCCAGCAGCAGGCAGCUCUUCAGAGGGGAGGUCUUCACCGUGCGCUGCCCCCCGGCCUGGAAGCUGAAGACGAAGGGGAGCAAAGAAGAAGAAGAGCGCACGCUCACCACCAGCCCCCGCUCACCAGCAGGGGGCGCUGUGGCAGCCGAUGACCCCGGAGAGCGGGUGCUGGCGGCCGCGGGUGGGGGGCUGUACUGGUGCGAGGGCGCGGGGGGGCGCAGCGACGCAGUCCACAUCGCAGUGAGCGAUGGGGGCGUCGUCCUGCAGACUCCCGCUGUCCCCGUUGUCGAGGGCGACAAAGUCGUCUUGCGUUGUCGGUACCGGGCGGCCGCUGGCGGUGGAACAACCUUCUUUAGGAACGGAGUGGAGGUCGUGACCUUCGGCUCCUCCGGCUCGGACGCAGGCGUGAACGUGAGGAUGGAGAACGUGAGGAUGGAGAACGUGAGGAUGGAGAACGUGGCGAUGGAGAACGUGACGAUGGAGAACGCGGCGAUGGAGAACGCGGCGAUGGAGAACGCGGCGAUGGAGAACGUGACGAUGGAGAACGUGACGAUGGAGAACGUGACGCGGGUAGACGAGGGUUUCUACAAGUGUGCGACCCGGGACGGAAGCAUGGAGAGUCCUGAGAGUUGGUUGUCAGUGAGACCUGGUCCAGGGUUAAACUCCACGUCGACAGAUGGCGCUGGAGAACCCUGGAAGUGGAUCCUUGUCUCCUGCGGAUUGUCUCUGCUCCUCGUUCCUCUGCUCGUGUGUCUGGUCCGUCACAGGUGUCGGAGGCGUCUGCCGUCCUCCAGACAGAAGCUGCAGGGGGCGGAGCUACCUGCCACUAAGCCGGACGCGAGCGAGGUGCAGUGGGACCUGUCCUGGAUGGAGAUGUCCGACCUGCUGGAUGAACACUCUCUCUCUGGAACCCAAAGGUCUCAAAGUUGACGUCCUGUCCUCUCCGAUGAAUCACAUCUUGGAUUGUUCCAAAUGAAGAAACAAAAUAAACUUGAAUCAGCUUGUAAAGUCAUCGUCACAAAGCUUUUUAUUCAUACAGGAUAGAAACAUAUGAGGACAUUUUAGAAUAUGAUGCUAUUAUUACAUUAAACAGAUGUAACAAGAAAACACAGACAAGCAAUACUUUUAAUUAUUGUUACUUCAAUGAUGUCAUCGGUGCCACCGGGUCAGAUUCUGGUGAAACCAGUUGACGUCAUGCAGGUUCACCAGAACCUCCUUCAGCUCAGACUCCUGAAGAGACCAGUCCAGCGUGGACAGACCCAGAUCCUCCUGCAGAGACCAGUCCAGCGUGGACAGACCCAGAUCCUCCUGCCCAGAAACCCCGCCCCUCUACCUGAGAAUGCAGUUGGAUUGGCUGUUGUCAGUGUCAGGACUGACCAAUUGAACACGAACAAAACAAAGACAUAUUGAACUGCUGCUUGACUGUUAAAUAAAGUGCUGAAUCAUGUACAUGUCA